AUGGGUGGUAAGGACGGUUUGCGCCGGUCAAUCGGAUCGCCACGCCCAACGUACCUGCCAAAUCUAUUGGCUCGGCCGAUCGAGCCCCCGUGUAUUUCUUUCUUCUGCGCACCAACCACACCCAUCGAGAGUGUAAUUCGUCUCAGUCUCUCUCUUUUUAUGUAUCUCUCAAACUCUCUCUUUCUCUCAAACUCUCUCUUUCUCUCAAACUCUCUCUCUCAAACUCUCUCUCAAACUCUCUCUCUCUCAAACUCUCUCUCUCAAUCUCUCUCUCUCAAACUCUCUCUCUCUCAAACUCUCUCUCUCAAACUCUCUCUCUCAAACUCUCGCUCUCUAACUCUCUCUCUCAAACUCUCUUUCUCUCAAACUCUCUCUCUCAAACCCUCUCUCUCAAACCCUCUCUCUCUCUCUUUCUCACGCCAAUUCAUCUCGCCGUCAAGCUUGUGUACGAACAACGUGUACUGCCCCUCUGCCAGCCAUGACAGCUCGCCUCUUACACCACAAAAAUGGGGCACAACAUGUACUGCCCCUUUGCCAGCCAUGCCAUUCCAAGCCCGUUGGCUAACUUGCCUGGUCAUACCAAUCUUAUUCCCCGCCCAAACGUGA